CAGAAAAGCAGCAACCAACUUGAUCUUGGUGCCAUCGAGGAACUGCUCGUCGAACAUAGGCUGGCUCUUCCACUUCACAUAGCCCAUCCUGGCAUACCAAUCUUCAGUGCUGCUUCCUUUCUUUGGUGCUUGUUGACCAAAUCUGGCCCACACGCCACCCCAUUCUUCCGAGUCAUCCUCGGUGUAUCGUCGGUCCAAAGCAGUCAGGGUUAUUGCUUCGCAGUGAGGUGAGCCGUAGGGGGGCACUUUUGCCCAAGAUUCAAGCGCCUGAACCGCUUUUCGGCCAAGCCCUCCGCGGUGCUCGGGUCGGAUGAAGAGUGACGAGAGAUAAAGGAUAGACUUGUCCGGUCGGGCGAGCUCCUCAUUAGGGGGGCUCAUCUCGCUGACCAAAGCAAUAUGUCCUGCGCACCGGUCUGGAAGGGGGAGAUGGGCAAGAGACGGCGGGACAAUCCAGAACAUUGCUCUGGUUCCGGCAUCCAUGGCUGUUCGCCAAGCCUCGAUAUCCGAUGCCAUCUUGUCCCAGCCACAGAGAUCUCGUUGAUGAAGAAGCUCGUCGAACUCGACAGGGUCGUGCAGGUCUAUGAUUUGCAAUAGGCUGCUCAUCUUGUUGUGCGGAGAUAUCAAUGAACAAAGAGUCGGAAGCCGAAGGGUUGCUGUUACCAGAUAGCGCGAUUCUCUAGGCGAUAGGUGACGGAAACACUGGAGUGGACAUCUUGCGGGGCCUCCAGCCGGAAAAACAGCGCCACCGAACAUCACGACAAUCCGACGCCAUCUCAAAGACACUGAGAGAGAUAACAUGGUCAGUUUAAUGUUUCAAGCCGAUCAGCGCGUCGAAAUCUUACACAAAUCAUUCCGGCGCCUUCAGAAGCGCAACUUUUCAAUUCUGCGGUCGCUCCGUCAGGCGUGUGUCUCCCCGAGACUGGUUGGCUGAUUGUGAAGGGCACUCGUGGUGUUUCUUUUUGGAGGUCAAAAUGCGCAAUACGAUGUCUGUGAGGUUGUCUCACCUCGGCGACCUCUUUUCCGAUUGGGUCAUUGCGGUUGCUGUCCGAAGAAGCACCAGCUGAAGCUUAAAUCCGACCGCGAUUUCCGGCUCGGGCCUGUCCGCUGAGUGGACCGUGAAUGCAGGGAGCUGCGCCUCCUCUCACGACCUGUCAUGAGAUUUGAGGUCGCGCAAGAGAAAAGCACGAUGACGCCCUGUUUUCUAUUCCAUUUCAUUUGCGCAAAGACGCGGUAGAGAAUAGCCAGGUAAUGUUUUUGGAUUUUUAUGCAAUUUCCACAAGGUAGUGCUGGACUCCAACUUCCAGCCGCGAUCAUGUCCACGGCGAAUCCCAUGCGAUAUCCCACUCUUCAAUUCUGCAGGAGAACAUUUGGCACACUAUUAUUGUUUCUCGCCGCGACUCCAACAUCUGGCGACAGCUCCUUCCUUGCCAAUGCUGUCCCCCAGAACUUGAACGACUUUUACCAAGGGCUGAAGGAGAGGGUCGCGUCGUGCCAACAUAGCUUGGCCGGGGGCUUUUACAGCAUUGAUGAUGGCACAAACACCACCUCAUACUGCACCAAUGACCCCCAUCGACCCUCCAUCAUCUACCUCUCCGGCGGCAAUGGAACCCUUUCCAACAUGGAUGUCGACUGCGACGGCGUGCAAAGUGGUAGUCAAGACGACGGAAGGUGCUCGUUAGGAAGAAGUCCGGACUACCAAGACGCGACGGCUUUCCGAGACCUCAUCCAGUCCUUCAAAGUUGGCAUAUCUGACCUUAACACUUAUGUACACCCGUAUGUCGUCUUUGGAAAUAGCGGUAGCAAACCUGGUUGGCGGACGUUUGACCCAACAGACUACGGCGUGAGACCAUUGUCUGUCAUGGCUGUUGUGUGCCCAGGCAACAAGCUGGUGUAUGGCAUCUGGGGCGACACAAAUGGAGAUGACGGCGACAAUCCCAUGGUAGGCGAGGUAAGCAUAGCGCUUGCCACCGCCUGUUGGGGAAAGAAUAUGACAGGUGACAGCGGCUAUGACGGAAUGGAUGUGCUGUAUGUGGCGUUUACGGGCGAAGAUGCAGUGCCUGGCAAGGAUGGGGCUGAUUGGGCUGCCAAAGAUUACGAUUCCUUCGAAAGGAGUAUCCAGCCACUUGGGGAGAAGCUGGUUCAAAGGAUGAGAGGCGUUGCGGUGGGGAGGAAGGCCAUAAGCUUGUGGGCUGUGGCCGGAGGUGCCCUCGCUGGUGGCUUGUGGCUUGCUUCGUGA